CACGUACAUUUAUUUCAUCAUUUUCUACUAUAUUAAAUGAGAUAAAAUAUGGGAACCAAAGCGACAGGUCUGUCCUCUUAUGCCCGCAUGAUUAAAUGUGGCACAGAUUCGUAUCGUCUCAUCAUCCUCUUUCUCUCUGCUUCAUGUGAAUAGAGAAAAGAGCUCAUCAAAUUACAAUGGAUGGUCUUCCAUCUAAACAACUUAUGAUAGAUGUUUCAGACCCAAAAAGAAGGAAAAUGACUCAGAAGACUGUGGUUAUAGUAAGAGCUGAAGCUAAUCUUGCAAAGCAUAGAGGUGAGGCACCUCCUGAUUACUGGUCUUGGAGGAAGUACGGGCAGAAGCCAAUAAAGGAUUCACCAUAUCCAAGAGCAUAUUACAGGUGCAGCAGCUCAAAGGGUUGUUCUGCCAAGAAACAAGUAGAGAGGUGCAAAAAAGAUGAAUCAUUUAUUAUCAUUACUUACACUUCCAACCACAAUCAUCCAGGCCCAGUCCUCUCCUCCCUUAACAAAGCUAUUAACUCUUCACACAUUCCCUUCCUCAAAGAAGAUUGCUGCUCAUCUGAAACUAGCAGAAAUGCAGGAGAUGCGAAUGAAACCUCUUUAUUGAAGAGUUUAGAGGAAUCAACAGAGAAAGUUCAAGGAAAAGGUGACGCCUUUCCUUCCUCAAUAGAACCAGUAAAUUGUUCUUUGGAAGACAAAGACAUAUUUGAUGAGCUUGAGGAGCUGCCAUUUCCUUCAUCCUUUAAUACCUUGUGGACAAGUGGGCAAGAGCCAAGACUCACUCAGACGAAUAAAGAAAACAAGGUUUUCCUUCUUUGUUUUGGCGUAAUGAACUGAAACGAGAAGAUGGGCCUCCAGAAUUCAAUGAUGGGUGUCACUUGUUAAGUAUGUCCGAUUAUUUUUAAUGCCGAUCAAUAUCGGUGUAUUAUAGUGGGGCCCACUUAACACAUGACUCUCAUUAUUAGAUUUGCAUCCUUAAAAUUUAGUGUAUUUCUGAUUCUUCUGAUUCUGAAUGUAAUAGUUUCUCCUCGUGAAAGAGUUUAU